UUCUUUGACAGCGCCGAGCAGCUGAUGCGUCAAUACCAUUGUUGAUUAGUUGUUUUAGCGUACGAUCGGUUGUGUGGAUACGAAUUUUUUGUGUGGCCAAAGGAUAAUUCAUAUAAUUCCAACAAUUGAUAUAUUUAUACUGAGUUUACAGGAGAAGGGACAGUUUUAGACUACCAGUUCCAAUAUUAUGUUAUCGAAACUCGCGUACGUUGCAGUGCGUAAUUGCGUUGCAUCUUUAGUGACUGCAAAAGUAAAAUUUAACGAAGCAUUUUUACGUUAAGUGUACUUUCCCGCCAAAAGAGUUUUGCAGUUGUAGGUACGUCACAUUUAAGUGGAAAAAUCGGAGGGAAAAUAAGGUGCGUGUCGGAAAAGUGCUGGUGCGAAAAGUUAUUUUUUUUACGAUUUGUGAGUUUUUUUGAAUGAUGGCGCAAACAUCAAUUGCAUCUUAUUUUAAUACGCGAAAACGCGCGGCGGUUGAAGAACUCAGAACAACAAGGAAUAAGGUAUUUUUAGCUGCCCUCGAAUCGUCGUUGACAAAUGGUGAUCCCAGUGUUGAAAAGUCCCCGUGUCCUGUUCCGUGCAGUGUUGAUGGUUCUGAUUUCCAGUCACAUAAUGAUGAUUUGUUGCAGCACACGCCGAAAGAAAGUGAAAAAAGUGUCACUCGAUCGGGAAGAGUGAUUAAGCGAAUUGGAGCUUCGGAAUCUGCGAGUACGGAUCUCAACAAGGAUGAGAAGAAAUCCGAAGCUCUCCAGCUAAGCAAGCCAAAGCCAGUUUGUACAUUUUCGAAAAAAGCCUACCUAUCGCCCCGAAAGAAUAUCCAACUCAAAAAGGAAGCAGUAGAGGCUCCAGCACCCGUAGUGUUCGCGUCUACAGAGAGUGCAGCAAACAUUGAACGGAAGCUGAAAACUCCCAAUAAGAAGCAGGAUGCGGUGGCUCCGAGUCGCGACCAAUUGAAGAAGUUAGUUCGAAAGGAGCUUACUUUCGACGAUGUGAAAGCAAAGUUGUCUCGCAGCGAUAAGCUGCAGGAGUUGAAGGCUUCGCUCACUCGAAUUCGAGAUCUGGAAAAGGUUCGAAAGCAACAAGAGGAGGCGAACCGGGAGCUGAAGAAGAAACAGGAAGGAACUCCGGUUAAAGCCAAUGCGGUCAAUUUGAAGGAGUUUAAGACGAUUGAAUUGGAAGUAUUGACAAGCCCGAAGAAAGGUCUCAAGACUCCGACGAAGCUCAUAGCUGCAGCGCCAGACAAGCAUGGGUUGAUGUCGCCAAAAAACAGUGCAACACCGAAAAAACUUCUUUUCAGUCCUACAAAAGAUGGCUCGCCGUCGAAACUAAUUACGCCACCAGCAUAUCAGCGAUUCCAGAGCUUGGCUGAGUCAGGCCGGUCUAGUUUGCAGAUGCCCUAUAGCUACCGGUGUCUGAUGGAAAUGUUCAAAUGCCUCGACACCGUGUGUGCGAUGUUUUACAAUCGCAAGGAGGCAAUUACUUUUAAGAAGCUGAAACCAGCGGUGCAGAGAAUGUUGCGUAAAAAUUUGAAUGAAUCACAUCUGGCGCAAAUUAAGAAUUUGUAUCCUGAGGCGUUCAACUUCUCCCAAGUGAAAAUGAGGAAUUUUGGGUCAACUUCAAAACUAGACUAUUACCAGUUGGUGAUAACCCCAAAUGUUGGUGGAAGCUCCAACAAAACAAUGAUUAAGAUAGAUGAAGACAAUGUAUUGAAAUCGGCUCAGACGUGCGUUAUGAACCCACAGGUAAUGAUUGAUCGUCAGCAGAAAUUCUACCAUAUUCUACUGAACAAAGUUAAAGACGAACAUGACAAAUUCCUGAAAUCGUUCAAUCCGCCGAUAAUCAUUCCCAAGCAGAAUGUGACACGCUGGCAUCCGGAGUUUGAUUUGGAGAAUUGCCCUGAAAUUGAAAAGGCCCCAAUGCCCCAGCCGCCCAAUUUGGAAAAAUACUCAUCAGCGAAAGAUAUCCUCUCUACUGCUCGGAAUCUAUUCAACUGUUCUACUCCAAUGGAACGUGCGAUGGAGCGUUUGCAUGAGCACGAAGCUGCUAACCCGCAAGUAAAAGACGCUAUCCAAAAAGCACUAGGUAUCCUUGAUGAUUCCAAACCUGAAAAUCCUGCUACAAGUAUUUUGAAAAACGUGCCGAAAUCGCUUCUUGAUAAGAUCAGAGCAAAACAAGCGGCUAAGGCACUGGAGACGGUAACCAGGCGACCGUCACAAGAUCGCGAGGCUGUGAAAUACAACAGACUUCCUAAACUUGCACUGCAUCUUCGGAAUGUUUUUAUUACUGAGAAGAAAAAUGUCCUGCCGCUUGAAAUUGUUGUCAAGAAAAUCGAGAAUAGCUACCAGAAGAGCUUGACGCCCCGCGAGAUAGAGACGCACUUAAGACUGAUUUCUAAGGAAUGUCCCAAAUGGGUGGCCUUCCAUGAGGUUCGACAGACAAUCUAUGUGAAGAUUGAUCGCAAUGCUGAUCUCAAGACAAUUACCAGUAAAUUGGAAGCAGUAGCGAAUGAGAAAUCUAAAUAAGAUAAAACGUUUGUUUGAAAUAUAAUUUAGUGUGUGUUGAAACCAUUUUGCCUGUUUUUACUUAUUCCUUCACUCAUUUGUUCAUGUUGCAUUGCUCUCAUUUCCAUUAUUCUAAAGUUUGUAUGGCCAAUCGGCAGCAUUUGGAUUGACAAUAAAUUAUUUGAUUAAAA